AUGUUAUCUUAUAUACUACUGAACUUUCCUCUGUUGUUUCCAAAGAUAUUUUGUAUAUCCACAUUGACAUGGUCAAUUUAUGUGUUGUUGAUUGAGGCAUGUUACAAUCAAAUUAUAAUAAAUAAGAAAUCACCUUUGAUAGGUUGUUUGGUCGGAUUGAUUGGAAUUGUGUUAUAUUUAUUGGCGGUUUAUAGUUAUUUCAAGACUUUAACUGGUGGAGGAUCACCUAGUGAUUUCAAAGAGUUGAGAAUAAGGGAUAUUGAUCAAUUAAAGUUACAAUCACAAAGAAAUCAAAAUCAAGACCAGAAUAAUCAAAAUCAUAAGUCAACCGCAGAAGAUGAUGAAGAAGAAGAGGAUAAUGAAGACCACCAACAAAUCGACGAGGGGGAUGCUUUGAUAGCUAAUGAUGAACCACCAACCGAUUAUGUUAAUUUCCAUAUCCUUAAACCUGGAGUAAGUCCGUUCAGAUAUUGUGAAAAAUGUAGAGCUUGGAAACCUGAUAGAACUCAUCAUUGUUCAACAUGUAAUCGUUGUAUAUUACGUAUGGAUCACCAUUGUCCUUGGUAUGCUUCAUGUAUAGGUUACCAUAAUCAGAAAUUCUUUAUUCAAAAUUUAGCAUACGUAUCGACAUUCGCUGGAUAUUGUUUUAUAGUGUCCUUGUGCUUAUUAUGGAAGUUUUUCAGUGAUGAAAGUUAUAAUGAUUCAUAUUUAUCCCUUAAAUUGGUAUUUUUAUUCAUUCUUGGAUUAGCAUUUUCCAUAGCCGUAGGAGUAUUUGCAUUAUUCCUGAUGUGGUUAGUAACUAAAAACAUUACCACAAUUGAAUUUCAAGAAUCAAGAUGGAUUUGGGGUGAAAAGAAGAAUAAAUUUCAAUAUGAAUUCGAUUCCAACGGGAAGAAAAAAGAUAUUGGUAAUAUCUUCAAUAUAGGAUUCAUGAAGAAUUGGAAAUCUGUAAUGGGACCAAAUAUUUGGUAUUGGAUUCUUCCUUUAUCUUUUACAUCUACUGAUAUCAAUUCCAAUUGUAAUGGUAUAAAUUUUGAUAUUGAUGAUGAAGUUUAUGAAAAAUGGUGUUACAAUAUAAGAUUACAAGAACAAUUGAAUCAACAAUUAAAUGAUUAUAGAGAAAGAUUACAUAAUGAAAGGUUCUCUUAA